ACAAUAUUGAUUAACCUUAAGUCUUUGAAGGAACCUUGGCAACUAUCAAAAGCUACCUUAACGACGUCAUUACUCGUUAAGGGCAUUGAAAACUUGAAUCGUUUCCUUGUCAUGCCAUUUCCGUGUUGCUACUCGCCGUAAUUGCGUAAGAUUACCAAGAACCCGUGAAGGCCGAAGUUUCGUUGUGUAAGAUCACGCAAACAGAUUUUGGAAGAGAUCACGCAACCAAUGGAAAAUUGAAGCCCUCCAGGCUACAUAUGGAGAGUACUUGCUAGAGUGUUUUCUUGUUGACAUACUGCUGCCUGCCUUAUUGCAGCAGCCUGCACGUUUUGGUCAAUAAUUACUGGCCAAGCUCACGUGAAGAUUUGCUGAAUCACGCCCACUAGUGUGUGUGGGUAUGGGUACAGGAAGCAGCAAGAAUCGAGCCAGACAAUCCUCUUCGCCCAAGGGUACAUCAAAAGUCAACCCUCCAGCUUCAAGCAGUGAUCCUCAUUCAUAUUCCUCACAGUUGGUGGGUGGAGCUAAUCCAGAGACAGGUGAACCCGCACAGGUACACAGAGAUACAGCCCAGGCAGGACAAGGAAACAACACCAUGACUGCCAUCUCCAACGUCCAGAAGACUAAGGACCAACUCCUUAAAGGUGUCAGCAUCCUGAAGGAGACCCUUCACAGCGAGGACGAUGUUCCCCAUGUCUUUGUUGUCUUUGGUGCCUCGGGUGACUUGGCAAAAAAGAAAAUCUACCCCACACUGUGGUGGCUGUACAAGGAUGGAUUGUUGCCGAAGCAGACUUACUUUGUUGGGUAUGCCAGGUCAGACUUGUCUGUGCAGGCUGUUAGGGACAAGUCUACACAGUACAUGAAGCUCCAAGAUGACGAGAAGGACAAGUUUGAGGAGUUUUGGAAGUAUAACUACUAUGUGAAAGGUUCAUACACCGAGCGCACCGACUUCGAACACCUGAAUCAGGAGAUCAACACCCUCCCCAAGGGGGACCUGGCUCACAGGCUCUUCUACCUAGCGCUGCCACCCACCGUCUUCAAAGAUGUGUCCUCCAACAUCCGCCUAUGCUGCAUGGGACACGAUGGUCUCGAGGAGUCUACUGGGUCAGGGGGUUGGUCCCGUAUCAUUGUGGAGAAGCCGUUUGGCCAUGACAGCGAGAGCUCGGAUGACUUGUCCCAGCAUCUGUCCAAGCUGUUCAGGGAGGACCAGAUCUACCGGAUUGACCACUACCUGGGCAAGGAGAUGGUCCAGAACCUCAUGGUUCUCAGGUUUGGAAACAAGAUGUUCAGCCCCCUGUGGAACCGGGACCAUGUGCAGUGUGUUGUCAUCACCUUCAAGGAGCCAUUUGGCACCAUGGGCAGGGGGGGAUAUUUUGACGAGUCUGGAAUCAUCAGAGAUGUGAUGCAGAACCACCUGAUGCAGAUCCUGUCCCUGGUCGCCAUGGAGAAACCUGCCUCCACUAGUGCAGAGGACAUCAGAGAUGAGAAGGUGAAAGUGCUGAAGUGCAUGCCUCCCCUGGAUCUGGACAACGUUGUGGUUGGACAGUACACCGGGGACCCUGAGGGGCAGGGCGAUGCCAAAAAUGGCUACCUGGAUGACCCCACUGUGCCCAAGGGCUCAGUCACCCCCACCUUUGCCACAGCUGUGGUGUUUGUGAAGACAGAGAGAUGGGACGGGGUUCCUUUCAUCAUGAAGUGUGGGAAAGCUCUAAACGAGAGGAAGGCAGAAGUGCGGAUCCAGUUCAAGGACGUUCCCGGUGACAUCUUCGGCGGACAGUGCAAGCGUAACGAGCUGGUGAUCCGUGUGCAGCCGCAGGAGGCUGUGUACUGUAAGAUGAUGGUGAAGGCACCCGGCAUGAACAUCAACCCAGAGGAGUCAGAGCUGGACCUGUCAUAUGGGGCAAGAUACAAGGGGGUGAAGAUGCCUGAUGCAUAUGAGCGACUCAUCCUGGAUGUGUUCUGUGGCGCACAACUCCACUUUGUCAGAAGUGAUGAACUGCGAGAGGCCUGGAGGAUUUUUACACCACUGCUUCACAAACUAGAGAAGGAAAAGAUCAAGCCUGCACCUUACAAGUAUGGCAGCCGAGGCCCCCAGGAAUCUGACGACCUUGCCAGGAGGUUUGGCUUCAUUUUCUCAGGCACCUACAAGUGGACCAAGCCCCAGCUGUGAACAGAUCAGGAGGAGGAACUUCCAUGAAGUGAAGACAUACUCUCCAGGCAGAGGUUUGGCUCCGGCUGUUUUAUGCGUCCGCUGGCCAGCGGAUAUGAAGAAAAUGGAACAAAAUAGAAUGCCUAACAAAAAUAUGUCAAAAACAGAUAUUGUCAAACCUCUGUUUUGAUAGUAUGCAUGUAGAAGACACACACAGCAGCUUACAGUGAUGCUGCAAUUUCAACUCCGUCAGUUGAUCCAUUCAUUGUGUAUGUUUAGACUGAAGAGCCCUUCUAUAAGAAUAGAUGUUACUUUUUUCCAAUAGUCCAAGUAUCCCAACAAUUAUUUGGUUAUUACUUUAAAAUUUAUGGAAUUGUGUAUACAUUAUACCAGAAUAUACCUUUUCAUUUUUGCCAUUUGAUAUGCUACUGGUGGCAGCUUUAAGAAGAUCCUGGUAGCAUCUUCUAUGUUACUUCUAACGCAUAUCAUUGCUACUUGUAUAACCUUUCUAUUUUCUAUAUUGUUUGUUAUGCUAAGAUUAUGCUUUUUAUACGCUAAAUGUACACUGCAAUGCCUUGGAUCACUCACAUAACAUCAUGCUUUCAUGAUCACUAUGCACAAAUUGAUUUUACUGUCUGCAGUCUUUCAAUACACAUAAAUAUUGUGUUAAAGGUACAAAAUGUUAAAUAUGUUUUCCAUCAUAAUGUAAUUGGUAUUGGGCUCAAUCUGAAUCCAUGGUGUUCCUUUUUGUACGAAUGGAUGUAUGUAACAGUUUCAAAUUGACAAAAAAGUAUGAGCAAAUUUGUAAUAUACAUUUUGCACUGUACACUACAACUCUUAUUUUCAACUUCAUAUGAUAUAAGACAUUAAGUGUAGACGCUAAGUACACUGCAGUAAAUGUUCAAAGUAACACAGAAGAAAGUGUAGCUCUUUGUCAACUAAUAUAACAUCUUUGAAGUGUAUGGAUGUUAUGUGCCAUCAGCUGCUACUUCUGUACUACUACAGUAACUAUAAUGUCAGAAUGUAUGUUCAACCUAACAGAAUACAGGUGGAAAAUCUUUCUGUA